ACUCGGCAUCUGGCACCCGUUGCGUAACUCCAAUCUGUAGGGUCGUUGGCGGCUCCUUGGCUGCGAGCGCAGAGCCGGCCAGGCCAACGAGGCCGAGCGUCAGCGUUGAAAGCAGCAUCGAUCUCUUCAUCUUGGAUUUUUCUGUCCCUCGAAUCUGCGACGAUGGGCUUGCCUUGCACUUGGGGUGUACAUGCAAGCGUUGCAUCCAUGUGGUGAAUAGAAACAAGGAUGGACGAGAAGAACGCGGGGAGGCGGUGGAGCGCUGGGAGUGGGAUGGGGGAGACUGGCGCAGUGCCACCGCGAAUGCAUGUUCUCCCCAUCCAUUCUAACUUCACCUUGCGCUACCCUUCGUGUCCAUGGGCACAUGUCCAUACGACGGGGUUAUCUGGAAGCUUCAAGCAGCGCACGUCAUCGGCUGCUGCUGUGGCCAAGACGAAACAUCAUGGCGGCUGCCGAGGUGAGCGCCCCAAUGCCAGGUGCCGAUGGCAUCCAGCGUCUGCCACUCGCGUUGCCUAUUACGUUAGAUGUAACCGCGCUGCAGGCAUCGCUGGCAUCCAUCGGUAACAUCGAAGGCAGCGUCUCAUCACAGCGCAUCAACGCUCCCGAUGCAGGCCUGAUCGUCGCUAUUUACACCUUCCUCGCGACAAAGCUCUCAAGUCUGCAAGGGGCCGCAGAGGCGCUCGAAGCAACGCGGGUAGAGGCAUCGCGUCGCGAGAUCGAGGUUGAGACCGCACUGAACGAUGCUGAGCGAGCGCGGACGGAGGCAGAGCAGCGUGCCGAAGUCGCAACCACGGAUGCGUUGUCUGCCAAAGCAGAGCAGGAGAAGCUCAGAUCAGAGCUCCAAGGGGCCAGGUUGGAGCUGGACGCUGCUCGAUCAACCAGCGAGUCCGGUGGAGAGGCCCAGACGCAGCUCCAACAGCGCAUCGCUACGGCUCAACAGGAGAAACGAGACCUACUGGCUCUUCUGGAUCGCGAGAAAGCAGAUUCCGCGAGUCGUUCAGAGGAAGUGCAGUUACUCUCCGAGCGCCAGACGGAGUUGCGUGGUGAAGUUACUCGCCUAUCAUCAGAGCUGGCAGAGGCCAAGAGCAGCGAGAACAAUCUUAGGUACAAGGUGCAAUCGCUGGAGCAAGAGCUAGCACUCGUGCGCCGCGACUCCGAGUGGGCACACGCGGAGCUGAAGACGAUCACAGAGUCUGCAGCAUCCUACCGCUCCAACAAGUCGGCAGAGCUCAUCGCUCUUCAAUCGGCAUUCGACACGGCUCAGCAGAACCUUUCCUCAGCCAACACCAAAUUGGUCAACGCUGAAGCCGCAUACUCUGCUGCGACACUGCGCUUGAAUGAGAAUGCAUCCAGGAUCCAAGAGCUCACCACGCGACUUGCGGCCCAAGAGGAGUCAUUUGCAGCUGAGAUCGCGACGCAGAGCAAGCUGCACGAUCUCUUGACGAAGCGCGCGAAAGAUGCGCAGAAGCGCGAGCACGAGCUCGAUACACAUUGGCAGGAUGCGGUCAAAGAGUUCGCUGAGAGGGAGGACAAGCUGCGGGAAGAGAUCGAGUUGGAGAGAAAUGCAAACGCAGGGCUGCAGAAGGAGAAAGAAGAUCUUAAGCUUGCGUUGGAUCGCCUGGCAGAAGGUGUGGGCAUUGUGGACAGCUCAGGAGGCGCACUGGGGGGUGCAGAAAAUGGUGAGCUAGAUUCCUUCGACCAGAACAGCAGAGCGUCUACACCAGGAGCAAAGCGCUUCUCUGGCGUGGGUCUCAACACCUCGCUACUCAUGUCACCGACUGCCGCGCUCGCCAGCAAACUGCAGCGCGGAGGCAAGUCCUUCACACAGGUCUAUGCGGACUUCACACGGACCCAAGAAGAGCUGCGCAGAGAACGUCUCGAAACGCAACGGCUGGGUCAGGUGCUGGAAACAGUCUUUGAGGAGCUCCGCGUUCGCCAACCUGUCUUGCAGGCGCAGCGAGAAGAGACCGAGCACUUGCGGGAGGAUCUCCAGGAGAUGAGCGAGCGUGUUGCGAAUCUUUGCGAAGAGAGAGACGUCAGCGAGAACGAACGCAAGCAUCUCUCUCUCGAGGCGCAGCGACUGCGAAUGGAGAACGAUCUGGGCAACCGACAGCUGGCUGACCUCGGCCGCCAAGUCAGAAGCCUCACCCGAGAGAUUAUCAUUCGAGAUGACCCUUCGGCGGCAUCGAGACUAGAAGACGACGGCAGUGCAAUUCCAGAACCGAUCGCUUCCGAUGCUGAAGUGAAUGAGACGCAAGCAGUCAUCACCACUCAGCUUGUCACCUUCUCUUCUCUCACCGACCUCCUCGCCCAGAACCAACGUUUGCUUCGCGUCACUCGCGAGUUAGCUGGCAGGGUUGAGCAGGAGGAGCAAAAGCUGAGAGCUGCGCUGGAGAACAACGAGAACGAGGCUGUCUCUGAAGCAGCCGAGGUCAUCGAGAACCUGAAUGAAGAAAUCAAGGCGGAGCGGUCGAAGUCAGAGGCACUGAAGCGCGAGAGGGACAUGUUCCGCGCCAUGAUCAACUCGCGUACUGCAAACGGUGCGAACAGUGCUGCUGUCAAUGGAGGUCAAACGGAUGCAACAAGUAGCAGCGUGAUGGCGCAAAGCCUUGCAAACCAAUACUCGACUCUGCAGGCUCAUUUCGAAGCUUACAAGGCCGAGGUGCGGCAAGACACGGAAAUGCUCAAGGAAGAUGUUGCCGAUGCUCGCCAACAAGCCAGUCAAGCGGCUGUCCAAGCGGCACGCGAAAAGGCGAGCCGAGAGGCCACAGACGAGCGCUACCGCACUCUACAGCAGACAUUUGACUUGCAGAAGAGCGAACUUGCCGAACUCAACAAGAUCAUGGGCACCCUCCGAGAAAACCUUGCGCGUCGCGAUAUGGCGGCACACAAGACAGAAGAGGAGCUGCUCAAUGUUAAAGCUUCGCUUGAGCGGCUGCGCAUCGAAGCUGCGAACCUGCGGGCGGAGAAGGACUUGCUCAAGAGUACGGAGUCACGCCUGCUAGAGGAGAGUCACGCGGUUGUGGCUGAGCGGACCAACCUCAGCGAACUCCUUCGCAACAUCUCCAACACUCAUAAUGACAUGGAACGAUCAGCAUCUGAACACAGGCGCAGAAUGGAGGCGCAGAUUGCUCAUCUCGAGGAAGAGAGCAGGUCAGCGCGGGACAAGGCCGGCAAGAAGGAAGAGGAAGCGCGCAUGGUCACCCUGCGCAAGGAGGUCGAGACGCGAGACUUGCAAUCGCGUUUGGACAAGGCUACGGCAGAGGCAUCAUCUGCAAAGGAACAGCUUGCAGCCGUCAAUACAUCCCUUUCACACCUCAGAGCCAAGGCUGCCGACCUGCAGAAGCAGCUGACCGCUCGCGAGGAGAAGCUGGAUGUAUUUGAGCGACACAGUGCAGCAGCUUCCACGGGCGCUAGCAGCAGGAAUGUUGCCGGCAGCUCGGGCAACCGCGAGCAAGAGCUCGAGAUCACCCUCGCGGAACUGCGCAGCGAGCUUCGCAACGCGAACGUCGAGGUGGAGCAAGCCAAAGCGCAUGUCGAGCAAUACAAGGCUAUCGCACAGGCAAACGAGGACUCUCUGGCACAGUUGCAGUCCACGUAUGAUCAGUUCAAAGCGGAGACUGAUGCAGGCGUCGCUCAGAAAGAUGCUGAGAUCACUGUGCUGCGUACUCGUAUCGAGGCCAUCAGCAACGAGCUUACAGCGGCGCAAGACGAAGGCAGCAUCGCAAGGCAAAACCUUGAGGCGCAACGCACAGAAUUCGCAGCCGAGAAGCGCACGCUUGAAGACGCCAUCGCUCAGCUCAGUAACCUUGAGGAACGCGUCGGCUCUGAGCAACAAGUGUUGCGCAGCGACGUGCAAAGGCAAGCCGAGUUGGCACGUGCAGCUCAUGCCAAGUAUGAGGCAGAACUCAUGCUACAUGCGGAGGACGUCAAGGCCCUCACUCAAGUCAAAGCGACGCUGGCGUCCGCAGAAGCACAGGUACGAGAGCUACAGAAGGAUGUCGAGACUGUCCAAAUCAAUCUCACGGCAUCACAGGUCAGCUGGGAAGAGCAAAAGUCGACACUUGAGAAAGAGCGACUCGACCUCAAUAAGCGGAUUGAGGACCUCACAUCGCAGAAUAAUGUCCUGCACAACAGCCUUGAGUCCCUCACUUCCCAAGCCUCAGCCAUUCAGUCCAGAGCUGAGACUUCGACUGAUGGUGAUACAAGUUUCAGCUCUUCGCCUAUGGAAGAGCUUCGCGAGGUGAUCAAAUAUCUUCGAAGGGAGAAGGAAAUUGCUGAGCUUCAGAUGAACCUCAAUAAGCAAGAGGCAGCCAGAUUGCGACAAUCCCUUGACCAUGCCAACCAAACGCUGGGGGAGUUGCACAUGCAAUUGUCUGAAGAGCGCUCGAAGAAUGCUUCGACAGUUGAAAGUAGUGCGCAGCAUGCCGAGCUUCUGGACAAGGUCAAUCAGCUUAGCAUCCUGCGCGAAAGCAACGCGACGUUGCGCGAGGAGACAGAACGCGCCAACAGGCGAGCGAGAGAGCUCGAGACCGCACUGAGCACGACAACCGCACAGAUCGAGCCAUUGAACGAGAGACUUCGGACGACACAGGUCGAGCUGGAGUCUCUUCAGGCGCAACUCAAAUUGGUGCAAGAGGACAACAAGCGCUGGCAAGCACGUGCGCAGUCCAUCCUGCAGCAGUACAACCAAGUCGACCCCGAAGAGAUCAAGCGGCUGGAACAGCGCGCAACCGCUGCAGAAGCAGUGGCAGAAGAGGAGAAGAAAAAGGUCGUUGAACUCGAGGCUGCCAAGGCUCAAGGUGAAGAACGGUUCACGAAGUUACGUACUCAGACCAUCGAACGCCUUAAAGAGCGAAAUGACCAAGCUGCUAAGUAUCAGGCCGAAAUAGAGAGGCUCAAGGAGCAGGUCUCGAACGCGUCAAAAGACAGUGAAGCCCUGAAGGAGCGCGAGGCAUCGCUUUCCACUGUGCAGGCCGAUGUGAAAAGGCUACAAGAGGAGAAUACGAAGCUGCAGGAGAAGAGUAACAAAUUGCAACAGGAGAUCAGUACAUUGCAAGCUGCAGCCGCAUCGAUAGCCCAGCAACAAAUGGAGGGAGGCGCCUCUGCAAACGCUGUGGCCGACGCCGUAGCCGAAGCUGAGAAGAAGUGGGAGGAAGAAAAGAGAGCUCUUAGCGAGGCCGCGACCUCCGCGAAGACAAUGGAGCAGCAACACUUGUCGAAGGCGAGGACCGCAGUACAGGAGAAGAACACCGCAAUGGUUGAGCGAGAUGCUGCACAGGCAGCAUUGAAGGCUGCACAAGCAGAGCAAGCGACUGCCAAUGCUACAGCCAUUGAGGAAGCCGUGACCAAGCGACUCACACAGCUGGGCGGCACGGAAGGUGGCGACCCAGCCACGGCGGCCACCGUCGCUUCUUUGCAGACCCGCAUUGCUGAGCUCGAGGAGGAAGUGAAGAAGGCGAAGGAGGUUGCAGAGCUUGAGCAGCCCAAAAUAAAAGCGGCCAAUGCUGCCAAGAUUGAGCAGCUGAAGAAAGAACAUGACGAAAAGCUGCGUGCACGAGAGGCGAAUCUGGCAACCAAAUUUAGCGUGCAGCAAGCGCAGGCGGUGGAGGAAGCGGUCCAGAAAGCAACCGCAGCUGCCGCUGAGUCUGCUUCAGCGCCUAGCAUUGAGAAGGUGGAGGCUGAGGUCCAGGCACGCUUGCAGAAGGUGGAGCAACAACGCGAAGAAGAACGUCAAGCGGCACUCAAGGCUGCGGUCGAAGCCAAGGCGGCCGAGCUGGCGAAAGAGCAUGAGGAGGCGCUCAAGGCAAGGUUUGAAGCAGGCAAAGAAGAGGCCGGGCUGCGACACAAGCUGGUUCUAUCGAAGAAGGACAAGCAGAUUGCAACUUUGCAAGCUCAACUCGCGGAAGGCAAAGGCUCGGCGCUCACGGGCGAUGGUGCUGGUUCUGUACCGGCGUCGCCAACAACUGGCGCAGCUCCAGCGGUGGUCAAGCCGGCAACAAGGGGCGGUGCCGUCGGGCGUGGGCGAGGACGUGGAGGCGCAGUCUCUGCGGCCGCCGGAGUUGGCAAGCGCAAAGCUGAGGAUACUCCUGCAGCGGGCAGCCCGGGCGAUACCGGUGCCGCCAAGAAGCCACGAGGGGGUGGUAGCAUUGCUGUGCAGCGACCGACGCUUAAGAGGCCUGGCGCUGCAAAGGAUUUGACGCAAUAAAAAUAAACGUGCUGUUCAAUAUAUC